AGCGGAGCGGGCGGCGCGGGCAGCUCGAGCUGUGCGGCAACAUGGUGCGUGGCCGCAUCUCCAGGCUCUCGGUGCGCGACGUGCGCUUCCCCACGUCGCUGGAGCGCCACGGCUCCGACGCCAUGCACACAGACCCUGACUACUCGGCUGCCUAUGUCAUCUUAGAGACGGAUGCGGAAGACGGGCUCAAGGGGUAUGGGCUUACCUUCACUCUGGGAAAAGGCACAGAAGUUGUGGUCUGUGCUGUGAAUGCCCUCGCCCACCAUGUGCUUAACAAGGACCUCAGGGACAUCGUUGGUGACUUCAGAGGUUUCUACAGGCAGCUCACAAGUGACGGGCAGCUCAGAUGGAUCGGUCCUGAGAAAGGGGUUGUGCAUCUGGCUACCGCAGCCGUUCUCAACGCUGUCUGGGACCUGUGGGCCAAGCAGGAGGGAAAGCCUCUGUGGAAGUUACUUGUUGACAUGGACCCCAGGACGCUGUUAUCCUGCAUUGAUUUCAGGUACAUCACAGACGUCCUGACUGAGGAGGAAGCCUAUGAAAUACUGCAAAAAGGUCAAGUUGGUAAAAAAGAGAGAGAAGGACAGAUGCUGAUGCAAGGCUACCCUGCCUACACCACGUCGUGCGCCUGGCUGGGCUACUCAGACGACAAGCUGAGGCAGCUCUGCACGGAGGCACUGAAGGACGGCUGGACCAGGUUUAAAGUGAAAGUGGGUGCUGAUCUCCAGGAUGACAUCCGUAGGUGCCGCCUCAUCCGGAAUAUGAUUGGGCCCGAGAAUAUGCUGAUGAUGGAUGCCAACCAGCGCUGGGAUGUGCCCGAGGCAGUGGAAUGGAUGGCAAAGCUGGCUGAGUUCAAGCCACUGUGGAUUGAGGAGCCCACCUCCCCUGAUGACAUUCUGGGACACGCCACCAUUGCCAAGGCGCUGGUCCCAUUAGGAAUUGGCGUUGCCACCGGAGAACAGUGCCACAACAGAGUGAUAUUUAAGCAACUCCUUCAGGCGAAAGCCCUGCAGUUUCUCCAGAUUGACAGCUGUAGGCUGGGAAGUGUCAAUGAAAACCUUUCAGUGUUGCUGAUGGCCAAAAAGUUUGAAAUUCCGGUUUGCCCCCAUGCUGGCGGAGUUGGCCUCUGUGAAUUGGUUCAGCAUCUGAUUCUAUUUGACUUCAUAUCUGUUUCUGCAAGCCUCAAGAACAGGAUGUGUGAAUAUGUCGACCACCUGCACGAACAUUUCAGGUAUCCAGUGGUAAUCAAAAAGGCUUCCUACAUGCCUCCUCAGGAUGCUGGUUAUUCAACAGAAAUGAAGGAAGAAUCUGUAAAGAAACACCAGUAUCCAGAUGGUGAAGUCUGGAAGAAACUCCUUGCUGCUUAAGGGAAUUAAAUGUUCAGCCCUAACACCCUUUCCUAAGUGAAAAGUCUUACAUACACUUUUUGGGUGUGGUUUUACAAAAACAGGAGAAAGAAAUCAUCCUAGAAUUCAAAACAAUUUCAGCCAAAGUCCUAUUAACCCCAGGAAUCAGCUGUCAUUAUUACUUGAUUCUUUUACAAAUAAACACAUUCUCCUAAUUAAUCCUUAAACAAAUUUAGAUUUAACUCCAAGUUCAGAAAGAUGUUCUUAGAAAAAUUUCUAUCAAGUGCUGGUACGUGGACAUUAUUCUGUACUUUGAAAAUAAGCAGCAGGUUGCAUAACUGUUGGAACACUGCUUUAUUCUAACACUUGUUAAAAAUUAGCAGAGUAAAAAUAGUUCUGCAGGACUAUGAGGUAGCUGGUGUACAACCAAAGGUAAAAGGAUUUCAUGCAUUAUCCCUGGAGUGGGUUAGCCUUGCUUUUCUUGCUCUAAGGGUAUUAGCAGAGGAUUCACACCAUACUGAAACCAUGACAGUGAUAAUGGGCAGGAAAAUGGCAUUUCAUACAUUAUUUUUCCAUAGUCCUUAAAACUUUAUCCUAAAUAAUUAUAUGCUAAUGAUAAAUGCAACCAGAAUUAGAUGAACUGCAGAAAAAUAGGGCAAAAUACAGUUUAAUCUCCAUUUCUAAAAUAUACUAAACCUCUAAGCUGUAUCCAAAUGAGAAUAGAGCAUAUGUUUGUUUAGGAGGGUUCACUUAAAUCUUUUAGGCAGGAAGUGAGCAGAAUGGCAAUACAGAAUUAAAAAAAUUUUGUUAAA